AUGAAAUGCUCAAAGUGGGUUGUUGAUGAGAGCUUUGAGUUCUCGUGCAACAGGACUGCACGAUCCCUCGAGCGUCGUAUAGAUUUCGACUACUCAUUUACUCCACCCAUCCAUCCCGCAGCUCGCCCUGAUAAUGCGCUGCUGUGGCUUAAACUAUUCACCGCUGCGACUCUCAUCUGUCUGGAAGCUUCGAGCCUGGCAUUGCGAUCUACCUAUCCCGAGUUCCGAAAAGAUACAACCCCAGCCGCUGCCUCAUUAGAUCUCAUCGCCGCCCUUGGCCUUCUCGUCCUCGUCUACCUCGAACACAGGCAUGCAAUACGAUCGUCCGCCUUUGUUGGGCUUUAUCUUGGCCUGACUACUCUUCUCGAAGGUACACAAUGCAGAUCCUACUUCAUCAGAGGCCUCACAGCUCUCGGCGGAAUUUCUGCUGCUACAGCUACUGUUCAUUUUGUGAUCCUCGUCCUCGAAGAAAUUUCCAAGGAAAAGCAGCUUCUGGAUGCAGAUAUCCGUAAAGUCUCCAAGGGUGAAGCGACCAGUGGGAUCUGGAGCAGAUUGUUCUUUUGGUACUUGGCUCCUGUCUUUCGAAUCGGGACUCGAGGCACCCUACACAUGAACAAUCUCCCUAAUAUUGGCAUCGAGUUCUCAUCAAAGCGAUUGCAUGCCAAAUUGUCGAAAGGUUGGAGGGCGAACAAACGGAAAUCGCCCAACUCUUUAUUCACUGCGUGUUGCUGGGCCUUUCUCGGCGCAAUUCUUGGCGCCUCAUUUCCACGGUUGCUUGUGAGCGGCCUUAUUUUCGCACAGCCCUUUACUAUGCAGAGGAUAAUUGCGGCACUCGGCAAGAACGACGACUAUGGUCAAACAAAUGGCUCCCUCGUCGGCUCUGUUUUGUUGACAUUUGGUGGAGCUGCAGUGGCCAAAGCUAUCGCGACGCAGAUGCAGUAUCGUCUCCUUACUUUCUUCCGUGGCGCAUUAGUCUCUCUGAUGAUGGACAAAAGCCAGAAGCUGAGAGUACGUGAUGCCAAAAAGAACGCCAUUAUCACUCUUAUGACGGCCGACUUUGAAGGCAUUAGUGAAGGACUCUCACUCUGCUUUGACAUUCCGUUUGCUUUUAUCGAGUCAGGUCUAGGUAUGUACUUCUUGACUAAAUUUGUCAAGCAGUCAAGCUUUAUUAUCGUCUUUCCGCUCUUCUUUGCAACACUAAGUGGUAUCAUCCUUGGGAGCUACUUGACAAGGGCGAAUAAGAGGUGGAACGAGAAAAUCGAAGACAGAGUGAUGAAAACAUCACAGAUUCUAUCACAGCUUCCUGCCAUCAGGAUGCUUGGGCUUGGGCCAAAAACUAUGGAAUAUAUGCAACAUCUUCGCGUCGUCGAGAUAAAAACAUCCCUCGCCUUUCGAAGACUCCAGGUUGGCGUAGUCGGCUCUGCAACGCUGACCGAUCUCCUGAUUCCGACUAUUGUGGUUGCAGCGGCCCUGUUUUGGGGCUUUUUGGGUGACAAAUUAGUUCCUGAGGUCAUGUACCCAGCUCUGGCCAUAGUCGCACUCAUUCAGACUCCAUUGAGAAUACAGGAGUUUCUAUGCCAAGACGAACACGAGGAUCCACGAGUUCUAGUGAGCGAUCAGCCUCAGGAGGUCACGAGAGAAUGGCCAAGAGCUGGGGGUCCUCCCGUGCUGAAAACUAAGAGAAUUGAACGUGAUUCGAGCCGCAUCAUUCAUUUUGAUGGCGUCUCUCUGUCUGCUUGUGACUCAGACGAGACUAUCCUCAACGACAUCAAUAUUUCAAUUGAGCCAGGAUCAAUAAAUGCAGUAUUUGGACAAACGGGCUCCGGAAAGACGACAUUUAUACACAGCAUACUUGGCGAGGUUGCAGUGUCAGAAGGCAUUCUUUACGUCAAUAAUGUCGCCAUAGCAUUAGUUGACCAGACGCCAUGGUUGCCAAACGUCUCAGUCCGCGACUGUGUUGUCGGGGCUUGUGCGUACGACGAGGUACGGUUUAACGCAGUCGCACGGGCCUGCCUGCUCACGGAGGACUUGAACAAAUUCCCCAAAGGAGCGGACCACAUCAUCGGCAGUGGCGGAAUCACAUUGAGUGGCGGCCAGCGUCAAAGGAUCGGCCUUGCGAGAUCGGCCUAUUCUGGCAUGGAACUGGUUGUCCUAGACGAUCCUUUCAGCGCACUGGACCGCCCUACGGCCACGGCAAUUCUACACAAUCUUUGCGGAAAAGAUGGCCUCUUCAGACAAUUCCGCUCCACUGUUAUUUUCGCGAGUUAUUUGCCAGAAUGCAUAGAUGUUGCGGACCGCUUCAUUUUUCUGGAUGGAAAUGGCAAUGUGUCUCAUGAGCGGGGACGGGUGAGCCAACACUUCAAAUCGCGGGUUCGGAAGCUACUGCGCCAAGAAGUAUCCAGUUCCGAAGAGCAUGAGCAAAAGCAAGCUCAAGUCGCUUGCCAGAGGUCGUCGAUCGUCGCCGAUCCGCUUCCAGGUGUGCAGCACGUGGAUGAGAAGACACCGCAGAAAGGCGAUUGGGGUCUCUACCGAUUUUGGGUGAACCACACAGGCACAGGCAUCUUACUCGUCUGGCUCUUUUUUAUUUCGCUCACCGGUACCGCAGACGGCCUUCCCAGAAUCUACCUCAAAUAUUGGAUCCAGGAUGGGCCAAGCAAUAGGCUCUAUUUUAUCGGCUACGCUCUGCUUCCCUUCGUCUGUGCCUUGAUUGGCGCUGCAAGCUUAUGGAUCCUUUUUAACGCUGUUUGUCCUCGCAACUCGCUGAGUUUGCAUAAGAGGCUUUCAGACGUUGUUAUGCGCUCGACCCUUGGCUUUCUCGGCGUGGCAGAUUCUGGAUAUCUUCUAAGCAGAUUCAGUGUCGAUAUGGACAUUCUGACCAAGAAAGUGCCAACAGCAUUACAUAAUACGUUCUAUUAUACUGUUGGGGCUAUAGUUCAAGUUGGAAUCGCCCUAUCGGGCGCAUCGUAUAUGUCUAUACUUGUCCCGGCUCUGAUAUUGGUACUUUUCUACGUCCAGCGAUAUUAUCUUCGGACAUCGCGUCAGCUCCGGCGUCUAGAUCUUGAAGCACAGGCUCCCCUUGUUAGCGCUAUACGGGAAGCAUCUGACGGUCUGAUUUAUACCCGCGCUUAUGGGUGGCAAGCACCUAUCUUAGAGCGCAGCUUCCAUCUAUUAGAUGAGUCGCAGAGGCCGAUAUACCUGCUAUUCUGCGCACAGCAGUUUCUUGGUCUUGUGUCAGAUAUUCUGGCUACUUUCAUUGGCCUUGUAUUAGCGAUACUCACACUCUAUGUCAAGAGUGGUGCUACCGCUAACUCCGCUGGCCUUUCAUUCCUGGCGAUUGUGGUCCUAGGUGGGUGUUUCAAUGAGUCCAUCAUGGCCUGGACCAAUCUAGAAACUGCGAUCGGAUCUCUGAAAAGAAUGAAUGAAUUCCUUGAAAAUACACCAACUGAGUCCGACGAUGGCACAACGGAACUGCCCAAGGAGUGGCCUUUCAGCGGUGAGAUCGAGCUCCAGAAUGUCACUGCUCGCUAUAGGGCCGACGAAACCGCGCAAGACCCUGUUUUACGAAACGUUUCUGUCAAGAUCUCGCCAGGGCAAAGGUUUGGGCUGAUGGGUCGAACAGGUAGUGGUAAAUCAUCGUUUCUGUACGCAUUGCUUGGUUUUCUUGACUAUGACGGCAAGAUCAUGAUUGACGGCAUCGACCUCGCCACAGCCCCGCAUGACGAGCUGCGAGCUCGAAUCAUCACUAUAUCCCAGGACCAAGUUGUGCUAGAUGGCUCAAUUCGAGACAAUCUGCUUCCGUUCGACAAGUCGUGGGGUGGUGCGGCGGCUAAGUUCGACGAGAAAGACGAGGAAGCUAAGAGAAAAGAUAUGAUUGCUCGAGAGACGCUAGUACGCUUAUAUAUUUGGGAUAAGCUUGGUAUAGAUGGGCUGGAUGCUAAGCUAGAAGACGUUGGCUACUCUCACGGCGAGAUGCAGCUACUAUGCAUCGCGCGGGCUGUGGUGCGUCGUCGGCUAACCGGCAGCAAGCUGCUCCUAGUAGACGAGGCGACGGGUAACCUAGACCGUUGGCGCGACCAAACUGUACGGCAGCUAAUAGAGGAGUACUUCCGAGGGUGCACAAUCGUUGUGGUAGCCCAUCGUGAGGAGAGUAUCGCAGACUCGCAUGUUGUGGCGCGGAUGUCGGAUGGCGAGAUGGGGGCACCUGAAGUCUUUCACUAA